AUGGGCUCACAUCUUCCUGGCGCUGCUGUUUCUGGCCACGCAUGUGCUGGCCAAAUCCAUUUUCCCUCCUCCCGGUAUGUCACGUCAGAAACGCCUCCAUCCUGGUCUCACGAAGACUCAGAUGACUUUGAGCUGUCCCUUCCCAUCUGCUGCCCUCCUUCCUGCGGAUACUUCUGUGAUGAAUGCGGAGGAUCCAACAACGGCGCGGACGUCGACAUGGCCGAUAUUACUCACGCCAAGAGAAGCCUUUUCGACCGUCUCGGUGAUUCGAUCUUUCGUUGGCCUCAGUCCCCUGCAGCGGUUUCUCCUCGCCAGAUCCCUCAUGAUGCGCCGGUCGAAGUCCCCCACAUUUACCUACUUCCCGAGGACAGGAUCAUCAAGCCCAAGGACUGGAUGGCCACCGGAGACUAUGAUGAAAAGGACUACUGGACUCGGAUGAACCAAAUCAUCCAUGUUACUGGAGUUCACUUCGAGUCAAACGGCCUCUCAUCCGGCCGCGUCAUCUACCUAGACGACGAUGCCACUGGUUUCCCCGUGGAACGGCCUCCCAUCCGUGCCGGCGGUGCUGAGCAGGUAGGCGGCUGCACCAUCUUCGUCGCCGCAAGCAACCUGGGCGUCAUGACGGCUCACAUCUGGGAGCACCCCACCUUCAUCCACUGGAGCUACAAGUUCGGCCAGGUCGGCGAGUACGGCCCACGCACCAUCGACACGGAGGCUCAGCAGGCAGCCUACGAAGAGAACGUCCACCGGUUCUUCGCCCGCGUCCUGAAGCACGACGACGCCGACCACCCGGAGCGCGCGACUCGAUUGGCAUCGCGGACCUGCACGGAGUGGCGCCAGUUCCGCAUCUUCUCCCCCCGCCGCGUCUCCCUGGGUCCCGAUAGCCAGGAGCUCAAGAACAAGCCGCAGAUGGAGAAGCUGUUCGCUGACAUCACCCGCAUCCUGCGCCUCGAACCGGGUGAGUUGAAGCUGCAUUCGCCCAACUACACGCCGUACGACCCCGAGGACACUACAGUCCACCCGUGGACCAACGUCUUCGCGUGGCAGUUUGCGCCGGCUGUUCCUCACUCGGGCGGUGGCAGUUCCAGCUCCGGGUCCUCGGUUCGGCGGCACUUCGUGGCACACUGGGACGGGCAAGAGAUCCGGCAGAUGCGCCGUACGUGGAGCUACCGUCACCGCAGCGCCCGGCUCAAGGACAUCUGCAUGCUCCACGUGCGCGUGUUUCCCUUCGCGGUUGACAAGGAGGAUGAGUACGACUUUCUCCAGUUCUCCGCGACCUUCUAUUCGCCCCAGGAGCGGGGAGGGACGCCGCUCCACCAGUUCUCCGAGAUGGAGUACGAACUGGGUAAGGAGGGGCCGAGGAUCCGGUUUGAUGCCGAUGCUAUCGGCAUCAAAGAGAGGGUCGAGGUCUGGUUCACCGAGGACAAGCAUCACCGGUACAAGCGCCAUGACGACAUGCGGCCGGACUAUGAUUACUUCCAUAUCAAUGCGAAGUUUGGUAGCGGCGCUCGGUAUGAGUAUAAGAAGGAUGCGACUUCUCGGUCGGCGGCGCGGUUCCCCAAGUGCCGGGGUGGUAGUUGGGAAGGUCUUGAGGGUGGACCAACUUGGUACCGUGACACCUACUGCCACUUCAAGUGUGCCUUGAAGUGA